AUGACAACUGAAGUCAAGCCAGAAGUGCUUAUUGUUGGAGCCGGUAUUGGUGGUCUCCUCCUCGGCGCCCUCCUCGAGAGGGCCAACGUCCCCUUCACCAUCUUUGAGCGUACCUCCAGCGUCAAGCCUCUCGGAUCGGCGCUCAUGAUCGGUAGUAACCUCCUCCCCUUGUUCGAGCAGUUGGGCAUUGACGAGGAGUUCAUUUCUAUCGGCAAGCCCACCAUGGAUUGCAGUAUCGCACGCCAAAAGGGAGACGGCUCCGUUUUUCAAACCAACGUCAGUUUCCAACCUCACCUCGGAUUCACGGGAUACAAGAGUUACAUCGUCUCACGCCCUAUGUUCUAUGACCUCCUCCUGAAGCAAAUUCCCCCUCACAAGAUCCACUUCAGCAAGCGAGUCCUCUCCAUCGUCGAGAAUGACGAAAAGGUUACUAUCCAGACUGCCGACAAUGGGCUCUACGAGGGUGAUAUCGUCGUCGGUGCCGAUGGAGCCUACAGUGCUGUCCGUCAGCGCAUGUACGAGACCCUGAAGCAAGAGGGCAAGUUGCCCAAGUCUGACCAGGAAGAGUUGCCCUUCCAUUGUACAUGCUUGGUCGGCCAGACCACGGUUGUGGAUCUGGAUGACUUCCCUGAGGUCAAGAACGACAUGAGCCCCUUCUAUAACACCAUGGGCGAGGAUUCACCCUACACCUGGGUUUUGUUCGCAACAAGACAAUCUACUCUGACAUGGAUGGUCCUGCACCAUUUGGACAAGGUCUCGAGCAAGGCCGCCGAAGAACAGCGUUUCCGCGAGUCGGACAACUCCGAAUGGGGUCCCCUGGCUGCCCAGGCCAUGUGCGACGAGACCCGCCAUUUCCCCUUGCCUAUUGGUAACAAGAAGAGGACGAUGGGUGAUAUCUAUGACUGGACACCCAAGACCCAGAUCUCCAAGGUUAUGUUGGAGGAGAAGGUCUUCCAGACCUGGCACUCUGGUCGCAGAGUCCUCUUGGGAGAUGCUUGUCACAAGCUCGAUCCCUCUGGUGCUCAUGGCGCUGUGACCUCGAUGCACGAUGCCAUUGCCCUCGCCAACUUGAUCUACGCCCUCCCCGCCAACACCAACAAGGCGAUCGAAAAAUCCUUUGCCGAGUACCAAAAGGAGCGUAUCCCCCACGUCAUGGAGUCUUUCAAGAACAGCCAGGACCUCGCCUUGUUCAUGGAUCGUGGAUUUGCCGGCGCCCUUGCCAUGUUUGUCAUGCAGAGGAUGCCCCAGUGGUUGUGGGCCCUUGCCUUGAAGAAGAUGAUUGUCAACAGACCUACCGCAGGUUUCUUGAAGCCCAUUGCCCCCAAGGGCACCGUCCCAGCGGCUCGCUCGCCUAGUACCGAGAAGGCUAGGGCUGUUUAUAACCAGAGACUGGCUGCCAAGGCUGCUGCUGCUACUAAGAACGAGACAUCCACUGUUUAA